AUACCAAGCGAACCAGGAAACUUUAUAGCGUCGUCGUUGUGAAAAAUGGCUCUCCUCGACGUUUGUGGAAUAUCAGGUUGGUUGAAAGAGAAUGGUUUCAACUCGAAGGCAGCGUCUGUCGACAAAGUCAACCACUUCAGUUUUGCUGCCCGGACACCUGAGUUUGCGGUUCCAGUUGGUGUGGAUCCUGGCACGUUUCUGAAACCACUCACAGACAGUGAGGAUGGAGUUAAUGGCGUUAAAAUUAAACUGGAUCACGGCACCACCACUCUUGCUUUCAAAUUUCAACAUGGAGUGAUGGUAGCUGUCGACUCCAGGGCGUCCGCUGGAUCCUACAUUAGCACUCAGAUGUUCAAGAAGGUGAUUGAGAUUAAUCCCUACCUACUGGGAACAAUGUCUGGCAGUGCAGCCGACUGUGUUUACUGGGAGAGACUUCUUGCCAAAGAAUGCAGGAUAUACAAGUUAAGGAAUAAGGAGAGGAUUUCUGUCUCUGCUGCCUCCAAACUCCUGGGUAAUAUGGUGGUGGGCUACAGGGGCAUGGGGCUCUCCAUGGGGACCAUGAUAUGUGGCUGGGACAAGAAGGGACCUGGGUUGUAUUAUGUAGAUGACAGAGGAGUCCGACUAAGUGGCAAUAUGUUUUCCACGGGAUCUGGCAGCUCUUAUGCUUAUGGUGUCAUGGACAGUGGAUACCGGUAUGAGCUCUCUGUACCGGAGGCCUAUGACUUGGCCCAGAGGGCCAUCUUCCAUGCAACUCAUAGGGAUGCAUACUCAGGAGGAACUGUGAACAUGUACCACAUGCAGGAGACGGGCUGGAUCAAAGUGUCACAGGAAGAUGUUGGGGAGCUGUAUCACCGCUUUGCUGACGAGAAGAAGUGAACCUGGUCCAAAAACAGCAACUCAACACACAAUACAGAAACAUUAAUAACUCUACUGUCUUCUUAUCAAUAAACUCACGUUUACACCGA